ACUUAUUUGAACUAAUUAGCUUGAAUUUGGACUUAUGUGAAAUUAUUUCUCUUACAAUAAAUGAAGAAAUUGAUAAUGAUUAAACGUAAACGUCAUUACAUGAAUUUUUAACAAAUUGAACUGAAAAAUGUACCCAAACUCGAUAUGAUCUAAUCUGAAAUCGACCCGAAACCAAGAUUAACCCAAUAUUAGGAUUAAUAGAAUUUUAGGAUUGGGGAUUUGGGUGAUUGUGGUGAAUUGACUCUACAAUUAUAAUAUAAAAGUAUCUAACUUAUCCCAACUCAAGAUCAACCCUACAUCCUGUCAAAAAAAAAAAAAAAAAUCAACCCCACAUAAAUCCCAAACCCGAGAACAAUCCAACAUUACUUGAACUAUAAGAGACCCAUAACUUCCUCAUACCAAUGAAGAGAAUGUCAAGAAUGUCAACAAACAAAUGACUAAAGCCCAACAUUCUUUGGGUGAAUUUGGAAAUGACCCGACUAUAAUCUUGUAGUAGUUCGUUGAAAAAACAAAUGUAGUUUAAAUGACAACACCUUAGAUCAUGUUCAGGUUAUUGUUAUGCUCUCCAAUUGCUCGAUCAUUCUUUAACACCCAACACCCACUCUUCUUCUCCAGAUUGAAGAACAACAUACAUUGCAAGUGGGUACAGAUGGGUGCUGGGAGUGUUAAUUCUGAGUAUUCAAAAAUUGCAAAGUUUCGAAUGUGCAAUGUAUCUGGUUAUAUGACAGAGUUGCUGGAAAUUCAGGCUCCAAAUCCCACAAUGCAUGUUUUGCUUAUCCCUGGAAAUCCAGGUAUUGUUACAUUUUACAACGAUUUUGUGGAGUCAUUGUAUGAGGAGCUUGGUGGAAAAGCAUCAAUUACAGCUAUUGGGCACAUAUCCCACACAAAUAAGGAUUGGGAGCAUGGACGCUUAUUCUCACUGGAAGAUCAAAUUAACCACAAGAUUGAUUUUAUUGCCCAUGAACUCCAAAAUAAAAGUGCUCCAAUAAUACUGGUUGGGCACUCUAUUGGAUCUCAUAUAGCAUCUGAAAUGUUUAAGAGAGCUUCACAGAAGGUUAUAUACUUCAUUGGGCUAUACCCUUUCUUGGCUUUAAAUUCCAAAUCAUCAAAGCAAACUGCCAUCAGGAAGCUAGCAGAGUCUUCAGUACUAUGUGCAUUGGUAAGCUCUAUAGUAGCUCUGCUGGGCGUUGUCCCCAGUUUAUCAAGGUUAAUUGUGAAGACGACUUUAGGCAAUUCAUGGUCUGGUGCUGCUAUAGAUGCUGCUUGCUCCCAUUUGUUGAAGUACCACACAAUGCGGAAUAUGUUGUUUAUGGCAAAGACAGAGUUUGAGAAGUUUUCAGAAGCACCGGACUGGGACUUCCUGAAAGCUAACCCAAAUCAAAUAGCAUUUUUAUUUGGCAUUGAUGAUCAUUGGGGUCCGUUGUCAUUGUUUGAAGAGAUUUCCAAACAAGUUCCUGAUGUUUCUUUGUCAAUUGAAAAAGAGGGUCACGACCAUGCUUUUAGUUGCACUGAGGCUGGUUCCACUUGGGUUGCCCAGCAUGUAGCUGGCUUGAUCAAGAAACAUUUGUAAACACUAUACCGUCAUCUGGCUCUCCAUUUGCUGAGUAAACAAUGAAGAGAGUGUUACCUUUCUAGUUCCUAUUUCUUUUACUUUAUUCACCGCACUUCUUCUGAAAGUUAACUGGAUAUAGAUUCUGUAAUGGCUUAAGUGAUACAAGUUUGUCAUAUGUAUGUUUCGUUUGCUGCUACACCUGUGUACAUAAUGAAAUAAUGAAUUGCUCUAUCCUUUUUUUUUUUGAAAGAAAGAGAAUUGCUCUAUCCUUAGGUCCCUGUAUUUCUGUGAUAUUGAUCAAAUAUUACUUCGAUUUGAACA